CGGGGCGGGCAGUGCGCGUCGGCGGCGGCGGCGCGGGAGGUUCGGAGCUGGAGACCGGGCUCGCGGACGGCAUGGAGGACUACGAGCAGGAGCUGUGCGGCGUCGAGGACGAUUUCCACAACCAGUUCGCGGCCGAGCUGGAGGUGCUGGCCGAGCUGGAAGGGGCGUCGACUCCGUCGCCCUCCGGGGUCCCCCUGUCCACCGCGGGCCGACCCCCACAGACGUUCGAGGAGGCCCUCGCCAGAGGGGACGCGGCCUCCCGCCCCGCCCCAGCCGCAUCUGUGGGCAGCAGCCAAGGCGGCGCCAGGAAGAGGCAGGUGGACGCCGACCUGCAGCCGGCCGGGUCCCUGUCCCACGCCCCCAGGAUCAAACGGCCUAGGCUGCAGGUGGUCAAGAGGCUGAACUUCAGGUCGGAGGAGAUGGAGGAGCCGCCCCCUCCCGACUCCCCGCCGACGGACAUCACCCCGCCGCCAAGCCCCGAGGACCUCGCCGAGCUUUGGGACCACGGAACCUCAGACGCUGCUGGCGAUGUGGGUCUCACACGGGCCUCACCAGCUGCCCGUAAUCCCGUCCUGAGGCGGCCCCCCAUCUUGGAGGACUACGUCCACGUGACAUCCACGGAGGGCGUCCGGGCCUAUCUGGUGCUACGUGCUGACCCUAUGGCUACGGGGGUGCAGGGCUCUGUCCUCCACGUGCCAUGGCGAGGCAGUGGCCAGCUGGAUCUGCUGGGUGUGUCCUUUGCCUCCCUGAAGGAGCAGGUCGACGGCGAGCGGCGGAAGCAGCUGCUUCAGGAGGCCCAGAGGCUCUCAGACACCCUGCACAGUCUCAGGUCGGGGGAGGAGGAGGCAUCCCAGCCCAUGGAGGCCCCUCAGGAGAAGCCGACUGAUGGCCAAGACGCCUCCACUCACUGCCUCUGGGUGGAUGAGUUUGCACCCCGGCACUACACGGAGCUGCUCAGUGAUGACUUCACCAACCGCUGCCUGCUGAAGUGGCUGAAGUUGUGGGACCUGGUGGUGUUUGGCCACGAGAGGCCUGCCCGGAAGCCCAGGCCCAGUGUUGAGCCGGCCCGGGUCUGCAAGGAGGCCACAGCUCCAGGCAAGUGGAAGAGCCACGAGCAGGUGCUGGAGGAGAUGCUGGAGGCUGGGCUGGACCCCAGCCAGCGACCGAGGCAGAAGGUGGCACUGCUGUGUGGGCCCCCAGGGCUGGGGAAGACCACCCUGGCACACGUAAUUGCACGUCACGCGGGGUACUCUGUGGUGGAGAUGAACGCCAGUGACGACCGCAGCCCGGAGGUGUUCCGCACGCGCAUCGAGGCGGCCACCCAGAUGCAGGCGGUGCUGGGUGCUGGCGGGAAGCCCAACUGCCUGGUCAUCGACGAGAUCGACGGGGCCCCUGUGGCCGCCAUCAACGUCCUCCUGAGCAUCCUGAACCGCAAGGGGCCACAGGAGGUGGAGCCACAGGGCCCGGCCGUGCCUUCGGGUGGCGGCCGACGGCGCCGGGCAGAGGGGGGGCUCCUCAUGAGGCCCAUCAUCUGCAUUUGCAACGACCAGUUCGCGCCGUCCCUGCGGCAGCUGAAGCAGCAGGCUUUCCUGCUCCACUUCCCGCCAACUCUGCCCUCGAGGCUGGUGCAGCGGCUCCAGGAGGUCUCCCUGCGGCAGGGCAUGAGGGCCGACCCGGGGGUGCUGGCCGCCCUCUGUGAGAAAACCAACAAUGACAUCCGGGCCUGUCUCAACACCCUGCAGUUCCUGUACAGCCGGGGCCAGCGGGAGCUGAGCGUGGGGGACGUGCAGGCCACACGCGUGGGCCUCAAGGACCAGCGCAGAGGGCUUUUCUCGGUGUGGCAGGAGGUCUUCCAGCUGCCUCGAGCCCAGAGGCGCCGUGUGGGCCAGGACCCCGCCCCGCCUGCUGACACACUCCUGCUGGGUGACGGGGACGUGGGCUCCCUGACCUCUGCCUCACAGCGAUUCUACCGUGUCUUGCAUGCCACUGCCUCUGCGGGCGAGCACGAGAAGGUGGUCCAGGGCCUGUUUGACAACUUCCUGCGCCUGCGGCUGCGAGACUCCAGCCUGGGCGCUGUGUGUGCGGCCCUCGACUGGCUCGCCUUCGAUGACCUGCUGGCGGGGGCUGCUCACCACAGCCAGAGCUUCCAGCUGCUACGCUACCCACCCUUCCUGCCCGUGGCCUUCCAUGUGCUGUUUGCUUCCAGCCACACACCCAGGAUCACCUUCCCCAGCAGCCAGCAGGAGGCCCAGAACCGGAUGAGCCAGAUGAGGAACCUGAUCCAGACGCUGGUGUCUGGCAUCACGCCAGCCACGCGCAGCCGGGCCACGCCCCAGGCCCUGCUCCUGGAUGCUCUCUGCCUGCUCCUGGACAUUCUUGCACCCAAGCUCCGCCCCGUGAGCACGCAGCUGUACAGCACCCGUGAGAAGCAACAGCUGGCCAGCCUGGUGGGCACGAUGCUCGCUUACAGCCUGACCUACCGCCAGGAGCGCACACCCGAUGGCCAGUACAUCUACAGGCUGGAGCCGAACGUGGAGGAACUCUGCCGCUUCCCUGAGCUGCCUGCCCGCAAGCCCCUCACCUACCAGACGAAGCAGCUCAUUGCCCGCGAGAUCGAGGUGGAGAAGAUGCGGCGGGCGGAGGCUUCUGCCCGGGCAGAGAACAGCCCCCAGGUGGACGGGAGCCCCCCAGGGCUCGAGGGUCUGCCGGGGGGCAGUGGGGAGAAAGGGGUGCGCCGAUCUGCCCCACGCAACCAUGAGCAGCGGCUGGAGCACAUCAUGAGGCGAGCGGCCCGGGAGGAACAGCCUGAGAAGGACUUCUUUGGACGUGUGGUCGUCAGGAGCACGGCAGUCCUGAGUGCAGGUGACACGGCCCCGGAGCAGGACUCAGUGGAGCGGCGCAUGGGCACGGCUGUGGGCAGGAGCGAGGUCUGGUUUCGCUUCAACGAGGGUGUCUCCAAUGCUGUGCGGCGCAGCCUUUACAUCAGGGACUUGCUCUAGUUCUCUCUGACCCGUGGACACGCCCCCGCAUUGCUUCCCACAGAGUGCAGAGGGACGGAAACCUGGAGAUGUCUUUAUAAAGUCACACCUUUACAGACUGUUA